ACCCGCAUGUAUCAACAACAGCAGCGUCACCGCCGUCUGGCAUAAAACUGUCAGUUUGGUUAGAGAUGAACAACAGCGAGGACGAGCUGGACGAGGAUGAAACCGAGUGGAAAAGCAGCUUCGUGGAUCCAGCAGCACCCGCCCCCUCUGCUGCUGCUGCUUCCGGGCCGGACAUCAGGAGGACCCACAGAGUCGUUGUGCACUUUGACCUGGACUGCUUCUAUGCUCAGGUGGAGAUGAUCAGGAACCCAGCUCUGAGACAAGUCCCUCUAGGUAUUCAGCAGAAAAACAUCAUCGUCACCUGUAACUACGUGGCCAGGCAGCAGGGCGUCACCAAGCUCAUGUAUGUGACCGACGCUCAGGAGAGAUGUCCAGAGCUGGUGCUGGUCAGAGGGGAAGACCUGACACACUACAGAGAGAUGUCCUACAAGGUGACAGAGCUGCUGGCGUCCUACUGUCCGCUGGUAGAAAGGCUCGGAUUUGAUGAAAACUUCAUGGACGUCACAGAGAUGGUAGAAAAAAAGCUUGCGCAGACCGGCGAGUCUGACGGGUUUUCAUUUGAAGGACACGUCUACAACCACACCAGUGCAGAUGUUCUAACCGGUGACCACCCGAGGUUGGCUUUAGGUUCACACAUUGCAGCAGAGCUAAGAGAAACUAUCCACAGCAAACUGGGCCUGACUGGCUGCGCUGGCAUUGCCACAAACAAGCUGCUGGCUAAACUGGUUUCGGGCACCUUCAAACCCAACCAGCAAACCACUCUGCUGCCAGAGAACGUCAGUGACGUCAUGGGCUGCCUCAGCAGUCUGCGCAAAGUACCAGGAGUGGGUCACCAGACUGCUAAGAGGCUUCAAGCUUUGGGACUCGUCAGCGUUAAAGACCUGCAGCUCUUUGCACUGAGUGACUUGGUGGGAGAGUUCGGAGCUUCCACUGCUCAGCGCUUGAAGAAUCUGGCCCUCGGUGUUGAUGACUCUCCUGUCACCUGUACGGGGGCCCCUCAGUCUCUCAGUGAUGAAGACUCCUUCAAAAAAAUGACUUCACCUCAAGAAGCUUUGGAGAAGAUUCAACAGCUCCUGAGCAGUCUGGUGGAACGGAUGCACAAAGAUGGCAGGCAGCCUCAAACCUUCAGACUCACAAUCCGCAGAUACUCAGCGACCAACAAGUGGUUCAGUCGGGAGAGCAGGCAGUGCCCGAUCCCGAACCACGUUGGACAGAAGAUCACCUCUGGCAGCAGCGAGGACGCUGUGGUCCAGCUGGUCGUGUUGGCCAAGAAGCUCUUUCACAAGAUGGUGGACCGCAGCGCUGCAUUUCAUCUCACGCUCAUCAACGUGUGCUUCAGUAACCUGCAGUCCAGAGGGGCUGCUGUCAGCGGGAAGGGCUCCAUCACGUCGUUCUUCUCCCAGAGCACAUCUCCCAGAAGAACGCAGACCUGCUCAUCACAGAGCCAGGAUGAUUCCUCUCAGCGUGGCGCCGGUCCCCGCCUGGACCAUCAGGUCAGCACACACAGCAUGAAUACUCAACCCACCACAAGCAUCUCCUCUCGCUCUAAGGCAGCAUUACAUGGGUUCAGAUGGAAACAAAGCUCCGUUGUUGCUGUGGAAGAGACUCAGACAGCGUCCUGCAGCACCGCGGGAACACGCCACACUACCACACAUCGGCCGCCACCCAGUGUUGACCCGGAGGUGUUCAAGCUCCUUCCAGAGGACAUCCAGAAGGAGCUGUUAUCCCCGGCUUACUCCGACUCCCUCUCCAGCACUUCUACCAGCUCAUCAGUCGCUGACGCCCCCCACAUACCAAUAAACAAGUCUCCACAGCCGUUUACAGACUUAGAUGUUCAAAAGACUGCCACCAGAUCGGAUUCAUCUGACACAGCGACCACCGUGAAUCCCCAGCAGCCUCCAGGCACAAGUGCCAUUCCAGAAGAACACAUCACAGAGAAAAAGAGGCCGUCCUUCCCUCUGUCUUCUGACUGCGAGUUCCCGGGAAAUGUGGACCCUGAGGUGUUUUCUGAGCUUCCGCCGGACGUUCAAAGGGAGCUGAUGUCCGAGUGGAAGCAGCAGAAGCCGAUGCUAAAGAUUCCCUCGUCCAUGAAACCAGGGAGAAGCUCGACGAGCAAAGACAGAAAGGCUGCAGGGAGAGGCCGGCAGGCAAACAGCUUGUUCAAGUACUUCAAACCCAGUUAAAGAGCAUGUUCACAAGCUAGCUCUGCUGAGGAGGAUUCAUGACGCUGUGUUGGUUCUGUGAAGGAAAGCUUUUAUUUCUUACUGCUGUACUGAUGUUAUUAGAACAAAAUAAAUGAGACCUUUAACUGUACAAAAGCUCUUCAUGUGAUUUAGUGUCAGGAACGUACAUUAAAAAUAAAUAAAAAGGCAGCUAUGCAAAUA